CUCUCUCUGUGUGUCUCCUCUCUCUCUCUCUCUCUCUCAGUCUGUAUCAAUCUGUCUCCACCAGUUCGUGAGCGCGCAAUUCUACGCGCAGUUCUUGAUCUGCGCAAGGAGGAUGAUGAUGAUGAUGAGAGCGUGACCUCACCGCUUUCUGCACAGCUGCUGGAGAGAGAGAGAGAGAGAGGAGACACACAGAGAGAGAGGGAGAGAGACACAGAGAGAGAGAGAGAGAGAAAGCACAGCAACAGAAACACGUUGAGGAGAGACGCGCAGAGAGGAACGGAACGAGCGGAGAAACAUCCCCAACACUCGGGUAACCGGGGUAACCGCUCAGCGCCCAGUAUGAUCUGCACCUCCGGAUCAUUUCUACCGUACAACACGAUCCAGUCACACUGAAGAAGCCCAGAUGCUCACCCUCUCCGCCGACAUGGACGAGUCUUCGUCUCUGCUGGAUCUGCUGGAGUGCUCGGUGUGCCUGGAGCGCCUGGACACCACGGCCAAGGUGCUGCCGUGCCAGCACACCUUCUGCCGCCGCUGCCUGGAGAACAUCGUCAGCUCCCGGAACGAGCUGCGCUGCCCGGAGUGCCGCAUCCUGGUGGACUGCGGGGUGGACGACCUGCCAGCCAACAUCCUGCUGGUUCGCCUCCUGGACGGCAUCAAGCAGCGGCCGCAGCGAGGAGGCAACGGAGGAGGAGGAGGAGGAGGAGCAGGCAGGCAGUCCCUGGCCGGGGGCUCGCUGCAGGGCUACGCAGCCGGGAUAUGCGCUUCUCCCCCGGGCAGUGCGAUCAGAGAGCUGCCGGUAGCCAUCCGGAGCUCUCCUGUUAAGAAUAUCCCAGCGCUGCCUUGCGGUAAAGCCCUCUACUCCUACGAAGGAAAAGAACCGGGCGAUCUCCAAUUUUCAAAGGGUGACAUCAUCAUCCUGCGACGCAAGGUGGACGACAACUGGUACCACGGCGAGCUCAACGGUUGCCAUGGUUUCUUGCCCGCUAGUUACAUCCAGUUGCUGCGUCCCCUGAGCCAAACUCCACCCCAGGGCAAAGCACUGUACGACUUUGAGGUCAAAGAUAAAGACCAGGAUAAAGACUGUCUGGCCUUCAGCAAGGAUGAGGUACUGACUGUAAUCAGGCGAGUGGACGAGAACUGGGCAGAAGGCAUGCUGGGAGACAAGAUUGGCAUCUUCCCCAUUCUAUAUGUGGAGUUAAACGAAACAGCCAAGCAGUUGAUGGAGAUCGACAAGCCCACGUCGACUAACGUUCCAGGUCCGAGCUCCGAGCCGGCUCCGUUGGACCCCUGUACUCCUGGUCCCUCCCCCAGCGCUUCCCCGUCCAAUGGAAACGGCUCUGGCCAUCGAAGAGGCGAAGGGAAGAAAAACGCCAAGAAGAGGCAUUCGUUCUCGGCGCUGUCUGUCAGCCAGAGGGCCGCCCAGCUCAACAACAGACACAGUAUGGAGAUCUCCCACCCGGUCCUCAUCAGCUCCUCUGACCCCAGAGCUGCUGCACGCAUCCAGGAUGCAUCUCACCCGGGUCCCUCUCCCUCCUCGGCAGGGGUACUGGUGCCCCCCAAAGUGGCAUCCAUAACCUCUGAGCUGCUGGCCCAUGCCAAGGUGCAGCUGCCACUCAACAUAUAUCUGGCUUUAUACGCCUACAAGCCCCAGAAGGCUGACGAGCUUGAACUUAGGAAAGGGGAGAUGUAUCGGGUGACAGAGAAGUGUCAAGACGGGUGGUUCAAAGGCACCUCGCUGAGAACCGCUGCCUCUGGUGUUUUCCCUGGAAACUAUGUCACCCCUGUGUCCAGGGCUCCGUUUGGAGUCGGUGGUUCUCGGAGCUCAUCUUUGUCCAGCCCAGUAGGUGGAGGAGGAGGAAGUGGGUGCAGUAAAGCCCCCGACCCUUCGUCCCCAGGGUCCCCGGGGCCCUCUUCGUCCCGUCCCUCCACCCCACUAGUAAACUCUGUCUCCAGUCCCGCCUCCUCUCCGCAAACUGCCGCCGCCCAGCUGAAGAACUGCCUGCGCUCCAGUCAGCAUACGGUUAACCAGGCACGCACCUCAAUGCAGCUGGUCCACAGUCCUCCUGCUGGAAGCCCAGAGCGCCCCACAGUGGCCCUGUCCCCCCUGCGUCCUCAGAGUUCCUCCCCGUCGCGCUGCCCCGGCCAAUCGGGUCGUCCUCACUCCAUGGUGUCUCCAGGACCCAGCUUAGGGCCCUCACCCCUCUCUUCCCCCGCCUCGAGGCCCCUCCUCCCCCUCUCCUCCCCUCUCUCCUGCCUCACGCCUCCCAACGUGUCAGCGGUGCUCCUCAACGGGGACCUGGGCAGUCCCCUGCAGCCGCCAUCGCCGGGCCCCUCCCAGGGCGUCCUCGCACCCAAAGCAGAGAAGAAGGAAAGGAAAGCAGGGGGUUUAUUAAAGCUCCUGUCGGGGGCGGCAGCCAAGAAGAAACCUCGCUCACCUCCCUCCUCCCCGCCCACCCACGACCCCUCACUAGCCGACCCCGCCCACCAUCCUCACCACCAUCACCACCACGCCCGCUCAGGUUCCUGUCCGAUGGCGUCGCAGGGGCGAGCCGGCUCCUGUCCGAUCGAGAGUGAGAUGGGGGGAGCCAUUGGGCUGGAGCCUCUGCACAGGAAGUCCGGUUCCCUGGACACCAACUUCCCCAUGUCGCCCCCGCCAACACGCACCGGCAACCCUCUGAUGGUCCUCCGUCCUGAACCCAAACCCCUGUCAAGAGAGAGGUGGGCCGUUCCAGCGUGUGACAGAGUUGUGUGUGUGACAAUUGUCUAUGUGCGUGGCAGGUAUCGUGUGGUGGUACCCUACCCGCCCCAGAGCGAGGCGGAGAUCGAGCUGCGGGAAGGGGACGUGGUGUUUGUCCACAAGAAGAGGGAGGACGGCUGGUACAAAGGCACCCUGCAGAGGACAGGACAGACCGGCCUGUUUCCCAGCAGCUUCGUCGAGAGCUUCUGAACUGGAAAAGGUGGACAAAAGAACAAAACACUGUUCCUGUUUCUGAGUCGUAAAACACACAAACACACAAUCUUGACAGCUACAAACAUAGUAUGGACCGACAUUGGUUUCCGAGACUUACACACUUUUUUAAAGACGGACACUGCAAAAAGAAACUUGCUUUGGUGAUAGUCAUUUUUUUUAAGUUUUUCCAAAAACAAUAUGUCAAGAAACACUGAAAUAAUGAAAUUAAAAUCUAUUGAAUACUGGCACAAAACAUCAAUAAUAAUAAUUGUGUUCAGAAACCCAUAUCGGUCCAAGCAAUUCACACACACACACACACACACACACACACAUACAGGAAAGCUAGCCACGGCUUCGACCAGCCACACAGGAAGCAGGGCAGCUUUUCGCAUCGGGGACAGCGUUGGAUAAGAGGGGCUCCAUCAGACUCAUUGUUGACUACUGAAGGUACACAGACUCAAAGAGCACAGAAAGACAGUUCUCCUCCUUGGCAUCACCCACCAGCAAACACUAGCACAAAAAGCAUUAGCUCUGCUUUCCACUGAGACCUCAGAACUUGAAUUCGGGUGCUUUCUUUGUUAGAAAAGUGCAGAUUUAUCGCCAGGUGAUGAGGGAAGUGUGUGAGCCUAAACAGUACGGGAUCAUUGUAAGCACAUCUCCGUGUCUAGUUUGUGACAACAAGCACAUGUGUUUCUUACAAACCCGAUAUAUGUUAAUAACAAUGCAUGUAGCAUUAUUAUGUUUUCUUUAUAUAUGUUGAAAUAGAUGUUGUCCCAAACUAGUCAUGCUGUGAUGAUCUGUCACAAAAACAAAAGGUGCAAAAAUUAAAAUAUGAAUUAGGUGAUUCAUUCUUCUAUUUAUAUAUCUUACAUAAAUUUAUACAGCCUUUUUUUCAUUUAAAUUUGACUUUUAUAAAACCCGCCACAAAUGGGUUAAACUGAAUAAACUGGCUUGCUGAAUGUAGGAAGAAACAAAAAAGUUACGCCAAAACUAUUUAAAGAAGUGAUUUUUAUUGAUAAAGUUGUCUUUUGAUCUUUUAUGUGGGAUUAUAGAGACAAAGAAUGCACUUGGUAAUAUUUAAUACAACCUGCCAAUAUAACUAUAUAUACAGUAUUUUACACAGUCAGUUAUUAUUUAUUUGACAAACGGGAUUUCCGUUGCUACUUGUCACAUCCUUUUUUCUUUAAGCAGGCACAAACAUCUUUAUAGGACAAAAAUCUUAAUCCAGCCUUUUUAGUUUGAAAUGUAAAAAUUCCUAAACAAACCAACAAAAAAUAUAGUUACUAACGCAGAGAUCAUUCUUGCUAACAGUAAUUCCUUUUCCUCAGCCUUUUCUUGAGAUACAGUUGAGAGUUUUUGUUUGACUGCAGCAAUAUUGUAAAACCAAAUGUGUGUGGAUUCGAUGCUCACGGAAGAAUGUACGGUCGAGGGGAGAAACACCUGAAGUCAGAAGGCAGGGACGUUAGAUACUCAUCACACAACUGCCAACCUUUGACAACAACUUUUCCUCUGAUCUUGUCAACCUCUAACGAGUAUUUUUGUACGGCUUCAGUGAGUGUACAGUCAGUCUGCUUUGUGAAUUUCUACGUCCUGAGUGUGGAUCCAGGCUUGUCUAGUUUACAUCCAGCCACAACCAUCUACCUUGUUUCCCUGUUUCUGGAGAUAGAAGCACAGCGAAACUCAGAGCUUGACUCGCUAACUGUGUGCGUGUAUGUGUGUGUAUGUGUGUGUGUUUGUCAGAGAGAAAUACAUGGCAGGUAUUAGUGAAAGAACAUAGUUAAUGAAUGGUUUUCCUCACUUGCAGUUUUUAAAAACUGGGCCAGAAUGAAGCACAAACAACUACUGGCCAUGUGCACACAGGUGAGGCUCACUCAUUGGCUGAGCACACUAAUGUCUAAUUGAGAGAUGAAGUCCCGCCCCUUCUGGUGGACCCCAUGGGGAAAAAUGUUUGCGGUAGUCAACGGCGAGAGACGAAUAAUUUUUUGAUCCCGUUUGAAUUGCGCCAUGAAUCAAACAUAUGAU